AUGUUAGUGUUCCAUUUGUCAGUGAUGAUCAAGCUUUUCUUCCAGCUGGAUGCAUCUGUUUGUCCUGAGAAAUGUGACUGCCCUUCAAAACGUGGAAUUUAUUGCUCUGGUCCCCACAUAAAAGACUUGGAGUCAUUAAAUCUGCCUUGCAACAUGACAGAAAUUCACGUAACAGACACUAACGUAACAUACUUGCCGGAUGUUUUUUCCAGGAUGGUAGAACUGCAGCAUCUCAUCUUGUCUUCAAACAACAUCUCUCUGAUUUCACCAGUGGCUUUUAAAGGCCUGAGAAGGCUAAAAGCCCUCAAGCUGCUUGAUAAUAAGCUGGUUGAACUUCCCCCAGAAGUGUUUGAUGACAUGAUACAGCUUCAGCAACUGAUCAUUGAAAAUAACAAGUUAAAAUCCAUAGAAGAAAAUCUGUUUGACAAACUAGCUGGUUUGGAGGAGCUUCUCUUGAACAAGAACCAACUAACAGCACUUCCUAGUGGAGUGCUGAAGAAACUUGCCAAACUCAAAGUACUGAACUUGUCAAGAAAUUGUUUGGCAGUGCUGCCUAAAAACAUAUUUAGUGCAUUAACCAGGCUUGAGAAGCUGAUGCUGUAUUUUAACAGGCUGUCUUCAAUAGAGUCUGGUAUGUUUGAUAGCCUGAAGGAGCUGCUGGAACUCUUCCUGCAUUUUAAUAACAUCCAGUCCAUCAGCCCUGAUGCAUUUCAUUGUCUUCAUAAACUGAGAACCCUAACGCUCUCCAGAAACAAGCUUGAGGCUUUGCCUCCUGGGCUUUUUCUGCACUUGCAUGACCUGUCUAAAUUGACCUUGUACAGUAACCCACUGAAGUCUCUUCCAGAAGUAUUGUUUGGAGAAAUGAGGCAUCUUGGUAGCCUGUGGCUGUAUCACACCAAGCUCUCAACAAUACCAGAUUUUGUGUUCAGUAACUUGACAAAUUUAGAGCUUCUUGUACUGAGUUUUAAUCCAGAGCUUCGUGCUCUUCCUCAGAAUGUAUUCAGUGGCCUGAACGAGCUGCGGGGCCUUUCUCUGCAUACAAAUAAUAUCUCCAGUCUGCCAGAGGGCAUCUUCCUGAGCCUCCAGAAACUGCAGAACAUUUCCCUUUUUGGUUCGAGGCUUGAGGUUCUUCCUAGAAACCUCUUCCAUAAUCUCAAGCACCUUCAGAAAGUUUACCUGAAUAGCACCAAGCUGCAGUCUCUUCCUGGAGAUAUGUUUGCUGCGUUACCUGAGCUGCAGGAAGUCUCCCUUGAUGACAACCCUUGGAAAUGUGAUUGCCAAAUUCUUGGCUUCAAAGGGUGGCUCCAAAGGAGCAUGGAGAUAGUUAAAAAUGUGCCAUCUCUCACAUGUGACAGCCCACUGGCACUGCAGAAUAUUUCUCUCGUGGCUCUAACAGAUGAUCAUCUGAAGUGUCUGCCAAGCAUAGCCAGUACCUACCAGAUGUUCAGAUCAACUUAUUCUCAAGCUUCAACCUCUCUUGUGACAGAGCUGUUGACAUCCUCCUGGGACACUACUGUAGCAACAGUGUCUGACGUGGAUACCAGCACACCCACAUCAGUUCCUCUUUCAACUCCAGCUUUUACCUACUCACAUAUUCAAGAUGUUGGAAAGCAGAGGUUUCAUUUCUCAGAUAUCCCAACCCAAGCUUCUCCCAGUAUUACAGUAGAAAACAACAGUGCCAGAGGAACAGAUUUGGAUACUCUGGUCUGGUGGGAUGAGCUGCCAGCCCGCAGGAGUGCUAAGCCCAAUUUUAAUACAAGAAUAGCUUAUUGUCAGCUAUUCUUGUGCCUUCACAGUUUGAUUUUAGCACUCCAGGCCAUAACCAUUGUGUUUAGUCUGUAUGUGAUGGGUAAAAUCAGGCAGCUCUUGCACUCCAAAAAUACUGCUGCUCAGCCUGUAGUUCUGAUAAAAUUUUUAAGAAGGUAG